CCCUGCCCGCUACCUGGUCGCCUGUGUCGGUGCUCGGGGACCCCAGGUCUCCGGCCGCUGCGUCCCCGCGUCUCCGGCCGUGUCCUCUGUCUCUGUGAGUCUCUGUCUCUCUGCGUAACUCUGCCUCUCCGCCUCUCCGCCUCGUCCGUCUCAGGUUCAGCUCUGUCUGCGUCCGUCCCACGCUCGCCGGCCGUCUGGUAGCCCGAGGUGGCGGCGGGCCCGGCGCUGGGCGCGAUGAGCGGCGCCUGCACGAGCUACGUGAGUGCCGAGCAGGAGGUGGUGCGCGGCUUCAGCUGCCCGCGGCCGGGCGGCGAGGCGGCCGCGGUCUUCUGCUGCGGCUUCCGCGAUCACAAGUACUGCUGCGAUGAUCCGCACAGCUUCUUCCCCUACGAGCACAGCUACAUGUGGUGGCUCAGUGUUGGCGCUCUCAUGGGCUUGUCCAUAGCAGCAGCAGUCCUCCUGGCCUUCAUUAUCACUGCCUGUGUGCUUUGUUACCUGGUCCUCAGCUCAAAGCCCCACACAAAAUUGGACCCAGGCUUAAGCCUACAGACUACAGACCACGAGGAGGAGGUGCCCCCUGACUGCCAAGGUGGGAAUGCAGGCAAUUUGGUGCAGGUGCCAGGAGUGAGCUCGCUCAGGCAGAGUCACCCCUUCCUGAUCCCACAGUUGGACCACAAUGAGGAGCAGGCUGUGGAACCCAGACAGCUUCCCCAGCACUGCUUCAUGGCCACAGUGACUGCCAGUAACAUUCCAGGCAGCCCUGAGGGGGAUUCUCUCCCCAGUCUGGACCCAUGUGGCCCAGCCCCAUAAACAUCCAAUAAAAGUCUCU